GUUGUUUCGCGGCUCAACGUAUUAUGUUUCCAAUGCGUGGUGUUUUGUUGAGACAAAGGCCCGGUUUUCCAUUUCAGGUGCUGACAGUCCGUGGGAUGUUCAUUCAGGUACAAGAAACACCAAACCCCAACAGCCUGAAAUUCGUUCCUGGUGUUCAAAUAACUGAGUCUGGGACCGUCAAUUUUGAAAAUCCACAAUCAGCAGUUAGAUCACCUUUAGCCAGACAGCUUUUUACCAUCGAGGGAGUAACAGGCAUAAUGUUUGGUACUGAUUUUAUCACAAUAACCAAGUCGAGUGAAGAUGAUGUGGAUUGGGCUCAAAUAAAACCUAAUAUAUUUGCUACAGUUAUGGAUUUCUUUGCCAGCAAUAUGCCAAUCUUUACAGAUGAACAACCACGGUCUGAUACAGAGGUCUUGGAUGAUGAUGAUGAAACAGUAGCUAUGAUUAAGGAGCUUAUUGAUACAAGGAUAAGGCCCACAGUUCAAGAAGAUGGUGGAGACAUAAUAUUUAAGGGAUUUGAUAAUGGAGUUGUGAAGCUUAAAAUGCAAGGAGCUUGUUCCACAUGCCCAAGUUCAAUUGUCACUCUAAAGAAUGGAAUAGAAAACAUGCUACAGUUUUACGUUCCUGAAGUCAACUCGGUUGAACAGGUUGAAGAUGAAGUUGAUGAAAUCAACAAGAAGGAAUUUGAAAAGUUUGAAGGAAAACUUGAAGAAACCUAAUAUUACAAAAAAUUGGUGAAUGCUAUAUAGUUAUAUCAUUUCUAUAUAUAUAGUUCAUUGCGAUCACAUGAAGUACCUGUGACUAUUUUUUGUAAUCGCCAUUGCAGGCUCGUUCUUGACCUUUGCUCGAUCAAAGUUUCAAAAUAAGGCCAUCUUUUUUUGAAAAUAAUGAAAUUUUCCUGUUGUUUUUCCUAUUUAAAAUGGCAAACUGAUCGUACUUUAACACGAAGAUUGCAUGCAUUGAACAGGCAAUAUGCAGAUUCAUUAUGUAGUUCUGUUAUGAGAAACAGUAUUGAUAAACUGUCAUGUCAAGGGCACUUUUCGCGGAGCUCCCUUUGGCCCAACCAAAUGAGCCAAUAUAAUGUCGGUAAGACUAUAUUUCAAUAUAUUCUGUUCAGAUUCAUAGUUACUUUGUACUAAAUAUACUAGUGGUAAUACUAACUGUAUAAAAUUAUGUAAUGUACAAACUGCAAAUGUAAUGUUAUAAAACCAUUCGGUCUCUUGCAAGCAACAACAAUAUUCAAUUUCACCUGCCUAGUGCUUGCAACAGACUUCUUACUUUGUAGGAAUAAAAUGAAAACACCCAAUUUACAUUAAGGCAAAAAUGGUUCUUUUAAAAGCCCAAAACCUUUAAGGUGCCUGUACUUGAGUCAUUUGCUUUGAAAUCAUGCAAUCAAGACUACAGUAUAAAAAAUUAACAAGCCUUGGUUAAAACUACUUGUGAUAUCUAUUUUAAUAUUGUACAAUCCAUACAGCGUCUGGAUUUGUCUGUGGAAAUGUUCUAAUCAAAAGAGGUCUAUCCAAAUAUGUUAAUCAAAACAAGAAUUCCAUCUACUUUGAUACGCAUC